AUGGGCGCCGGUCUUCCACCUUUACCAACCUCGUCUUCGUCCUCCUCCCUCUUUGCUGCCGUAGACAUGGGCACCAACUCCUUCGAGCUCAUCAUUGUCCAUGCCAACACAUCCGGCAAAUUCCUCACUCUCGGCCACCUCAAAGAAUCUGUCGUCCUCGGCCUCAGCUCCGCCCCAACAACCCCACUUGCCCUCCAAACCCUCCAAGGCUUCCAAGCAAUCUUAUCCUCUCACCAUGUCAUUCCCAACCAUACUCACUGUGUUGCCACUGUAGCAACACGCGAGGCAGCUAAUAGAAAUGAGUUUGUUCGGUGUGUCAAGGAAAAGACUGGUCUUGAAGUUGAGGUGUUGUCUGGUGAGGAGGAAGCCCAGCUUGUGUACCUGGGUGUGCUUCAAUUCCUGUCAGUUUUUGGGAAAUCGGUGUUGGUUAUAGAUAUUGGAGGUGGGUCUACUAAGUUCGUUGUUGGGAAGGAAGGGAAAGUUAGUUUUGGGGCUUCAUUGAAGUUGGGGCAUGUGAAUUUGACUGACAAGUUUGUGAAACAUGGCCUUGUUGGGCAAAUGAGGGAGUAUGUUAGAUUAGUUAUACGAGAAUCUGGGGUGGUAGAGAAAAUCAAGGAGUGUGGAUUUGAGAUGGUGGAUUUGAGACGCUGA